AAUGUCAACAAACCCAUGUCGGUGUAUUAGUAAGUUACCACCUUUCCGUACACGAUUUGCUUCAAAAUAAGCUAAAUUGCACAAAGAAAGGAGCACAGGCUUUCCGGAAUCGGAUGCAAACUGAAGUUUUGCGGAGUCGGUCCACCGUUUGGCAAUAUUAAUUCGAUUGUAGAGCAUGGCAGAUGAACGUAACUUCCGGUCAACGUACUACGAAAAGGUCGGUUGUCGGGGUGUGGAGGAGAGAAAAUCGCUCGAAAUCCUGUUGAAGGAGAAACCUCUCAAUUUGACCAAGCUUACACAGUUCUGCAUACGCUUUACCGUACCCAAAAUACAUCGUACCGUGCUAUGGAACUCGCUGCUAGGUGUUACACCGGUUUACGACAAGUCGCGAGAAUAUGUGAUGGAACAACGAGUAGCCGUGUAUAACGAUCUACUAAAGGCGCUGAAAAUUAUGCGAAUAGUGGACGAGAACACACCGACAUCGAGGGUGCUGUACGCGAUGUGGCUGCUGGAGAAGAAACAACUGUACCUUGGCCGAGACAUCACUCAAGAAAGCCAUUUCUGCAACAUCACAAAAGUGCUGCUAGAAAUAUUCGACAACGACAUCGAAACGUACUGGAUGGCGAAAAGUCUGUACGACUACUCCGAGGAGGUGUCGUUGGAGAUGGGGAAGCUGUCCGACCUGACGUACACGAUACUGGAAAAGGAAGACAGCGGGCUGUACAUCCAUCUGAAGUCCUGUGAUAUGCUAACCGCACUGCCGCUGGCCGACUGGUACCGGUCGUUCUUUGCCGGGGUACUGUCGGAACCGGCCCUGAUCCGCAUCUGGGAUAAGAUCUGUGGCGGUGCGAUUAAGAUCGUGGUGUUCGUGAUGAUCGAAAUACUGCGCAUGCUGCGCAGACGAGUUCUGCGCUGUGUUGAUCAGAAGAGCCUGUUCGAGUGCAUCGACAGUAUCAAGAACGAGCAAGAAACGGCCGAUAUGAUCGUGAACGGGGCAAUCGAGCUGUGGCAACAGAACAAGGGCCACGAGUACAUCCCACAGUCAAAAGUGAAAGCACUCAGCUAAAAUGCAAACGAGAAAGCUGGUUAAGACCAUCUCUCGAAGAGAGCUGUACAUUCGGCAAGCGCGUUAUGUUUAUGUUUUAUUUUUAUUUUUUAAGAUACACUUUUUAGUGUUGUGUUCAAAGCAAGCCCUGUACGUUUGUUCUUUUUUUUAGUAUAAGCAGAUAAGAGAUACAUACUAAUCGCACAUGUUAACUCA